AAGACUUUGCAAAGGAGUCAAUCGCAUAUCGCUCUUUGCUCACAGAAACGCCGGGAAGCGUCCUGACCAUGGCAAUCUUGAAUCAUUUGACGACAACCUGCUGGAAGAGUUUUCAAAGCGACCGGCUAAAUAAGCAGCUGCUUUACGCUUUACGCGCCUUACACAAGUCAGCAGCCAGCGAGGCUUUGGGGAUCUCCACCACUGGAGAGGAGCCCAUACCUGAUAGAUUGAUUGCACCGGCAGAUGUGGGCGAGAAAACCAGAGUCAAGAACCUGAAGGACAUGCCGGGACCCAGCACGCUGUCCAAUCUGGUCGAGUUCUUCUGGAGAGACGGCUUUAGCAGAAUCCAUGAAAUUCAGAUGGAGCACAGGAAGAAGUAUGGGAAAAUUUUCAAGUCUCGUUUUGGGCCCCAACUGGUGGUCUCGGUUGCGGACCGUGAACUGGUGGCUCAGGUGCUGAGGGCCGAGGGUGUGGCCCCUCAGAGAGCUAACAUGGAGUCCUGGAAGGAGUAUAGAGACCUGAGAGGACGCUCCACUGGCCUCAUCUCAGCUGAGGGCGAGGACUGGCUGAAGAUGCGCAGCGUGCUCAGACAACUCAUCAUGCGCCCUCGAGAUGUAGCAUUCUUCUCUGAUGACGUGAACAAAGUGGUGGAUGAUCUGAUCAGGAGAGUCUCAUGUUUGCGCACCGAGCAGUCUGAUGGAGCGACUGUACUUAAUGUGAAUGACCUCUUCUUCAAAUAUGCAAUGGAAGCUGUGGCUGCUAUCCUGUACGAGCGCAGGCUAGGAUGUUUGGAAAAUGACAUUCCCCAGGAAACCCAAGACUACAUCACUGCACUGAACCUGAUGUUCAGCUCCUUCAAGACGACAAUGUAUGCCGGAGCGAUCCCCAAGUGGCUCCGGCCCAUCCUCCCCAAACCAUGGGAGGAGUUCUGUCACUCCUGGGAUGGCCUCUUCAAAUUCAGCCUUAUACACGUUGAUAAGAGGUUCGCAGAGAUCAAGGGCCAGCUGCAGCGGGGAGAGGAGGUGAAGGCAGGACUGCUCACACACAUGCUCAUUACGAAGGAGAUGAACCUGGAGGAGAUCUAUGCCAACCUAACGGAGAUGCUGCUGGCUGGUGUCGACACGACAUCUUUCACUUUGUCAUGGGCUAGCUACCUGUUAGCACGACACCCUCAUGUACAGCAACAAAUCUAUACAGAAGUUACAAGGACUUUGGGACCUGGAACCGUCGCCACAGCUGACGAUGUCCCUCGUCUGCCUCUCAUCAGAGGUCUGGUCAAAGAGACUCUCAGGCUUUUUCCAGUUCUCCCAGGCAACGGGCGGAUUACCCAGGAUGACUUGGUGGUCGGCGAAUACUUCAUCCCCAAAGGGACUCAGCUGGCCCUGUGUCACUACUCCACGUCUUUGGAUGAGGAGAACUUUGCGGAUUCUUUAGACUUCCGGCCGAGUCGUUGGAUACGGAAAGAUACCACAGAUCGUGUCGACAACUUUGGCUCGAUUCCCUUUGGCUAUGGUGUCAGGAGCUGCAUUGGCAGGAGAAUAGCAGAGCUGGAAUUGCAUCUAGCUCUCACAAGGCUCAUUCAAAAGUUCCACAUCAGCAUGUCUCCGCUCACCGCUGAUGUCAAAGCCAAAACCCACGGCCUGCUCUGCCCUGCUGCCCCCAUCCACCUGCAGUUCACCGACAGGGAAAACUAGACUCUUCUCUGCAAGGUCUAAUGUACUGGAUGUUUUUAAAGUGCUGAUUCAUUAUCGGAGAUAUUUUAAAUGCACUGCUUUUAGUUACACUUUCCACUGUUUUGUUUUAGAUACUGAGCUGAGACUGAGGUUUUACUCAGGCAAGAGAUGUGUCUUACCUGUUCGUUAGUGACAAGGACACACAAAUACUGUAUAAAUAAUGCAAGCUGUAAAAACUAUUUUAUGUACAUUAUUUGAACUUAGUGAAAACCACUGCAGUUUUUUUUUUUUUUUUUUUUAAACUGUUACAACUUUCAUCCACCCUGUUCAGAAUAGUGAGUGGAAAAAUGGUCUAAUCUGCGUACUCUAACUGUCUUCUUUUAUAUUAUUGUGCAUGCAUGUAUGUUAUAAUGUGUGCACACACAAAUAUAUAUUCACACUGUUUCCUCUGAGUCCGAGAAAACUCAAUUCACUGAGAAUAUCAACGGGCAGCUGUGAAUGUACUGACUAUGAGCUGUCUUUUGCAGAGCUGUAUAUAACGAGCUUUAUUCCAUGAUUAUGAUGUUUGUGUUGAAAACCAAAAUACUUCAACAGGUUGCUUUGUUUCUGGCUGAUGAAGAACAUUCAUUCACUGAAGAGGCAUUACAUGAUUUUAAUCCAUGUACUGUAUAUCAUGAAACAAUAAAAACAGUUAACUGAGAGAAAACACUAUUUUUUUUUUUAAUGUAAACCUAUAUAUUUGUAGGAAAAUUGUCUUUCAUGUUAGCUUUUAGCUUUUUAAAGUAAACCAUAUUUUGAUUAUCACGUGAGUUAGAACUAAUGAAUUAACCAUUAUAAACUAAGUAAAUCAAAAAGUAAAACUGUUCAACUAAUGAAAUUUGUAUCUGUUUCACGCAAGGUCAUCAAGGGUUUUUGGUUUAUGUGCUGUUUGUGUGAAAGUAUUUUACCAGCAUUAUUAGUGACAUUGUUUUUUUUAAGAGGGAAAAAGUACGUUAUUAAACAGUUUGUUAUAAAGAGAAGUGACGAGUUGCUGGUUUGUGUCAAUUUGAAGGAUCAAACAGAUUUGAAAGAAGGAAAAAUGGAAACACUGUUAUAAAUUCUUGUAUUUAUCUACUCUUUUGUCUCUACGUUUGUAGAACUGUAGUUCCAGUAAAACUGGAAAGCAAUAAAAAAAGAAGUUAAUUACUUUAAAAA